AGCGCGUCGGUCGCAUAGCGAUGACGUGUCGGGUGUUGCCCGCUGGCCGGCAUUGUGACGUGGCAGAAGGCGGAAGCGAUGUUGCGGCAGGACAGUAGUGAUGACACAGAAGAUGUGUCACUCUUUGAUGCUGAUGAUGAAACCUCCAGGAGGCCGAAGAAAGCAAAGAUCAAACAUCCGAUAGCCUCCUUCUUUCACUUGUUUUUCCGGGUCAGUGCAAUAAUCGUCUACUUACUCUGUGAAUUGUUGAGCAGCAGCUAUAUUGCCUGUAUGGUGACGAUCAUCCUACUUCUGUCAUGUGACUUUUGGGCAGUGAAGAAUGUCACAGGGAGGUUGAUGGUAGGCCUCCGCUGGUGGAACCAGGUUGAUGAUGACGGCAAAAGCCACUGGGUGUUUGAAGCCAGGAAGGCAUCUGCUCAGACGAAGAAAACAGCAUCAGAAGCAGAGUCCAGAAUCUUCUGGCUAGGGCUUAUCAGCUGCCCUUUGCUCUGGGUGAUUUUUGCCUUCAGUGCCCUGUUUUCUUUCAAAGUUAAGUGGCUGGCGAUAGUGAUAAUGGGUGUGACAUUGCAAGGGGCCAAUCUGUAUGGCUAUAUCCGGUGCAAAGUAGGCAGCAGGAAGAACCUGACCAGUGUGGCGACCUCUUAUCUAGGCAGGCAGCUCCUGCGGCAGACUGUGCCCAAAGAGGAGCAAGCAGUAUCUUGAAGAUCAGGAGAUCAGGAAGAGUCCCCAGUUUUGUUUUCAAUUCCUUCUGGAGAAUGAGAAAUAUUUCCUUGACCCCCUGUACAGAAGAUUUAUAAUCUCUGUGUGGAUUUUUCGUAAUUAAAUGCAUCUUCUAGAAAUGCAAGUUACCUCUCAUAUUCCUUACAGCUUAUAUUUUGCAGAGUCCUUCUUGACACUCGAUUCUGGGCUCUCUAGGUGCAAUAGCUCCACUUAUAAAUAAGUAACAUAUAUUGAUGGCAGAGAAUUCAUGGUAAGUACCAUUGUAUAUUGCCAUCGGCAUUUUUGUGAAAUUUAGGGCAGUCCCAAAAGCUGAGAAGCCCUUUGAGCAGGGAUUUGAGUAAUCUCUCAUCCCCCAGGAACUACAAAAUCUGACCUCUAAUAUGGAAUCUGAGAUAUUAUCUACAUAAUUACAAUAUUGUAGGUUUCUUGUUUUCUUUUAAAACGAGGAAGUAUUUUAGCCCAUAAAUGCGGAGGGGACAACUUGAAAAACAGGUUGAUAAGUUCUGGGAAUUGGGAGAAUCGUGGUAGAGUACCAGUUGUGAAAGUUGAACAAAAGCACUUUGAUGUCUCAACUUUCAAAACUGAUUUCAGCUCAAAAGGUUUCUUUUGUGUAGGACCUGAGACUUUUUAGUUUGGAUUUUAGAGCACCUGGCUAGUACAGAUUGGUCUCUUUCCCCUCCCUCUUCUUUAUAAAAUGUUUUAUUUCCUUUCUUGGGAGGACCAAAUUCUCACGGUGCAACUAUAAAAGUAGGCUGCUAGGAUUGCAUCGGAGCAACCAUUUUGGGUUUUUGGGUUUUUUCCUAAAUAGCCAGCAGAGGUAAAAAGAAAGAGGAAUGUAUUUGCAUCCUAAUAAAGUUAUGUGGAGUAUUUAAUGCAUCUGGCCAUCCUUUCCUUGAUAAUAAGUUAAUACAGGUAAAACAUACUGUAGUUAAUCAGUAGAAAAGUAGAGAUUCAUGCUGAUGUGGUUAUGACAGACCUUUGCUAUAGAGUUUUAUCUCUGUUCUUGCUACAGGAGAUAAAUAACUAAUGUGGUAGCCCAUAUUUUCGUAUAGAAUAUCUGCAAGCCUGACUUCAGAACCCUUCCUCCUUUUACAGAUACAUAAUAGCUGUGUUCCAGUGUGGUCUCUCAAGCUUGCAUGCUUCCUCUAGCGCACCCAUAGGGAGAUCAGAAGCUUUUGCUUCUGUUUUCACCAACCCCAGUUCAGUGUUAUGCCUGAACCUUGACAAGAGUGUGGUUUGUGUUAGCUAUGGUUUACAGAAACAUGUCCAUUUCAAACGGUGUGUUAAGAAAUUGGCUUGUUUCAGUAAACAAACCAUGGUAUGAGCACCCACAGUUUGGAUGAGUAUACUCUGAUUAAUUGGAAAGAGAACCCAAGGCUUCCCAUCUCUUCUUAAUGGGUGAGGGCUCAUUCACAUAAAGCUUAUACCAUAGUUUAGCACUCUGUUCAAACACAGCCAAUGCCAGUUAAAGGUCCAGUGCACAUAUUGCCCCAAUGUGUCCAUGCUACAUACGUUGUGGGUCAGGAAAGAAUCUGGGGCUUGCAUGCACGUGUUCACAUACAUGCACACUUCAGUGCACAUAAAAUGUAUUGUAUGAACUGGAGCUUGUUUUCAUGCAGUCAUAUGUAUUCUGCAUCCAUGUACAGUAAUCUUCCCAUCUAUGUAUGGGCCGUUAUUGUGUGCAUGCACAACAUUCUACAGGUAUAGAAUGCAAGCCUGAGAUGACUUCUCCUGCAUCACUUGCAGAGCAUCUAAAUGCAGUAUGAGAAUGAACCCUAAGAUACUGGAACACCAAACCAUUACAUUUUAAUAAAGGGUAAUUUAACUGGUGCAAUUUGAGAAGGAGGGGGGGAUUUAAACUUGGGGACUCGUUCAUACACUCUCAACCUGUGAUGGCCAGAGGAAUUUGAAAAAACUACCUUGAGCCAGUCAACUGCUUGUUAAAGUCACAACCUCAUUUCAUCCAGGAUUAGGAUUGUGGUCCCUUGCAUCAAAUGGCCCUCUUUAAAAACUGCAUUUUCCCACACUCCCUUUGGAGUCAUGUGAACAGGCUCCUGGAUUGACCAUAUUAUGUAGCUGGCUGGCUGGGCUACUUUCAGACUCAGUGCUAAAUCUUACGAGCAUUACUAACGCUGGCUGGAUGCAGUUUUCUAAUCAAAAUGCUACACUUUUAGUAUGACUGAUUUGCAUAAAUCUCAAGGUGUUUAAAUGGAAGUUGCAGCUGUAUUAUUCAAUUACUGUUAAGAAAAUGUAGUGAGCUGUGACUGGCAAAGAAGCUCUGUUACAAAGAGGAGAAUACAACGUUGUCUGAUAGUGGCUAAAAAAAAGAAUCCAUUUAUUGGGCAGCAUUGUAUUCAAUGGAGUGCUGAAUGUGGAUAGUUAAAUGUUUGUGUUUGGAUAUCUGGGUAAUGUAAAGCUGUGGGUUAUUGUUUCUUUGAGGGAUACUAAAGCAUUGUAUUUAAAAAUUCUUGUGCACGCUUGUGAAGCCUUUUGAAUUAAUGUGUUUUUCAAAAGAAAUAUAUUUUUUUAAAAGUU